GCAAGUAAUCGAAAACCUCUCAGUAUGAAUCCUUACUCGCAAUUUAGUCUCUCUGAAUAUGAGUUUGUUGGUGCAGAUGACUAAAUCCACUAUAAUAACUGAUGCAAUCACGUACAUCGAAGAGCUGAAAACGACCGUGGAAGAACUAAGCAACCAUCUCCUGGAAUUGGAGGAGACUAGCGUCGAUGAAGAGAAGAUCAAACUGAAGGAGAUUGACGAUGAGAAAGAGAUGAAGAAACAUGGAAUAAAAGUAGUGGAGGCUGAGGUUGAGGUGAACCGUGUCUGUGGGACUAAGCUAUGGAUACGCAUCGUGUUCCAGAAGAAGAGAGGCGCGCUUACUAAACUGAUGGAAGCGAUUACCUUGCUCGGGAUUGAUCUCAUUGACACCGCCAUUACUACUUCCAGAGGAGCAGUUCUCUUCACCUCAUUUGGUCAGGGAAUUCGUGGUGGACUGCCGGAGGCUGACCAGAUGAAGAUAUACUUGUUGGAGAUCAUAAGGAGCAUCUAGAGAUAUUAUAACCGCGAUUAAUUCGCAUUGAUUGAUCAUUAAUCCAUCCAAUAAUUAAACAAGUUUUGAGAUUGAGGUGUUGAAAAACAGAACAAGUCCAAUACUAAACACUAAUUCUGGACAUGGCCAUUGUAUUCUUCAAUAUUUUUUCUGGUAAAAGAAGUGAACAAAAUCUUAUUUGUUUGCAGUUAUUA